AACUAUGGUGUAAUCUACUGUGCACUAUGGUGUAAUCUACUGUAAUAUUUGGCUCCAAUUUCCGGAGAUUUCCAUCAAAAUUUUUUAAACAGCAUCACCAAAUAUGAAUGCACCGGGGAAAAUUAAAAAAUUGGAGGAAACUGUAGUAAAUAGAAUUGCAGCUGGCGAAAUAAUACAAAGAUCGGCAAAUGCAUUGAAAGAGUUAAUCGAAAACAGUCUUGAUGCAAAAGCAACUAGUAUACAGGUUAUUGCUAAAGAAGGUGGAUUAAAAUUAUUACAGAUUCAAGACAAUGGAACAGGAAUCAGAAAGGAAGACAUGGGAAUUGUCUGUGAAAGAUUUACAACUAGUAAAUUACAAACAUUUGAGGAUCUUCAGUCAAUAACAACCUAUGGAUUUCGUGGUGAAGCUUUGGCAAGCAUUAGUCAUGUAUCACUUUUAACAAUCACAACAAAAACUGUAAAUGAAAAGUGUGCUUAUAAAGCCUCAUAUGUGGAUAGUAAAAUGAAGGCACCACCUAAAUCAUGUGCUGGAAAUCAAGGCACUACUAUACUCAUUGAAAAUUUGUUUUAUAAUAUUGCAACAAGAAGAAAAGCUUUAUCUAAUACAGCUGAGGAAUUUAGCAAAAUUUCAGAUGUUGUUACAAAAUAUGCUGUGCACAAUCCUAAAGUGGGAUUCAGUCUAAAAAAACAUGGUGAAAUAACACCUCAGGUCCGUACACCAGCUAAUUCAACUAAAAUGAGUAAUACCAGAAUACUUUAUGGUAAUCCUGUAGCUCGCGAAUUAUUAGAAGUGGAACUUACAGAUAACACUUACAAAUUUAAAAUGCAUGCUUUAGUAACAAAUCCAAAUUACAGUAACAAGAAAAUGACGUUUCUCUUGUUCAUUAAUAACAGAUUAGUAGAAAAUUCCAUAAUUCGAAAAAUGUUGGAAGAACUUUAUACUUUUUAUCUUCCGAAAAAGUCUCACCCAUGGUGUUACAUAUCUUUAGAAAUUGAUCCACAAAAUGUUGAUGUCAAUGUACAUCCAACAAAACACGAAGUUAAAUUUCUUCACGAAUUUUCUAUCAUUGAAAGAAUGAGAGAUGCCAUAGACGAAAAACUAUCUGCAAGUAAUACCUCUAGAACAUUUUACGUACAAGCGCGGUUACCGAAAGCAAACAUCACUAAGGAAGUUUUGCAAGAAGUAUUGCCAGAAUAUGAGAAAGAUAACAAUGAUAAAACGAAAAAAAUUCGUCCUCAAGAAAUGAUCAGGACUGAUGCCACUGAUCAAAAGUUAGACAAAUUUAAUUUUACUAUUCAUACAGCAAUGAAAUAUGCUAGAAAUGACAAUAAUGUUGAAACUAAUGAAUCAACAAAUACUAGAAAAACUGAAGAUAGUAAUAUCAAUGACAAAAAAGAAUUAAAUAUAGAACAGUGUUCAACACCAGAUAUCGAGGAUACAAGACAAAAAAAUACACCAAAAGAUGAUGAAGUAAUACAAGUAGCAGGGCCAAGUACUUCAUGGAGUAAUGUUCUAGAUGAUACAACUUCAUCUACAUUUGAUUUAGUAGCAGCUGAUGAUUCCAAUUUAGUUCCUCCUGUUCAAAGUGAUAGUGAAGAAGAAUGUGAUCUAAAUAGUUUGCAAGAUAUGUUCGGAACUCCAUACGAUGAAAUUGAUAAAAAAGUUGUAGACGAUUCUAAUAAAGAAAAGUGCAUUGACGUUAUCGCAGAUAAAGCACGUAAACAAGUAUACAAAUGUUUCGGAAAUAUAAAUACUGCAACAGAGAAGAAAGAAGGUAGUAUAUGUAAAGAAAAUACGGAAGCAAUUGAACCUUCUACAAGUAAUAAACCUAAAGAAGUGCAAACUACAAAUGCACAAACUUCAAGAGAAACUGAUAACGAUAAAAAUAAUGAAAAAGAUGAAAAAAGUAGCGAAGAAAAAAGUGACACCGAAAGUACAUACGAUUUUAAAUCCUAUUCAAUAAAUAAUUUUAGGAGAGAAGUGAAAUUAACAAGUAUUUUAAGAUUACGUAAAGAAGUAGAAAACGAGUGUCACGAAGGCAUGAAACAAAUUUUAUCGGAAUUAACUUUCGUCGGCUGUAUAGAUUCAUCUACUGCUUUGGUUCAAAGUGGCGUCAACUUGUAUCUCUGUGAUACAAAAAAAUUAGCAGAGGAGCUUUUUUAUGAAAUUAUGCUUUACGAUUUUGCAAAUUAUGGCGUCAUCAAAUUUUCUGAGCCCAUCCCUUUAUAUGAUCUAGCUAUGUUAGGAUUAGGUACUGAAGAAGCUGGAUGGACAGAGAAUGAUGGACCAAAAGAUGAAUUAGCUACAAGUGUUAAAGAACUAUUAUUGGAGAAGACAGAAAUGUUAAGAGAAUAUUUUUCUAUUGUUAUAGAUAAAAAGGGAAAUUUAAAAUCUCUACCAGUAUUAUUAGAAAAAUAUUUCCCAAAUGCAGGUGGUCUUCCUCUUUAUGUGUUGCGUUUAGCUACUGAAGUAGAGUGGUCGGCAGAACAGCCAUGUUUUCACUGGAAGUAUGUUACAGAACAUGUUUUAUAUACUGCAAUUAAAGAAAGCUUACUUCCUCCGAAACAUUUUGCACAUGAUUCAACAAUAUUACAAAUAGCCAACCUGCCUGACUUGUACAAAGUUUUUGAAAGAUGUUAA